AUGACUGCCGAUGACAGCGACGAGGAGAUUCAUGUCCUUAUCGAGGACCCUGACCUUUCUGCUGGAUACCCCAGAUAUGUCCCUGAUGACCCUUUGGAGAUCGCCCGCCGUGCCGCCUACUUGGAGAUGCUGAAGAAAGAAACUGGAGAAGACAGAAGCCUGCUAGACAUGAUAGCGCCGCGUCAGACACCAAAGGAGUGGCUUCAGAGUCUCACCAUGGUUGACUUUGCAGACCCUUCCGCUGUCGUUAGCCUUCUCCUGGACUUGGCUACCAACAACGUCCCGCACUUCGAUCUGGUUACCAACAUAAACCGACAGUUUUCUCUUCCUGUUCCCAGCGCUCAUCCGGGACUGCUGUGUCUUGAGUUUACCAGUCAGUCCAGUAUCUUUGCUGCUUUGGACGAAGGCGAGACUCCCAAACCGUCAGCAGCUUGUAUACCCCUCCCUUCUGUCGUCCUGCCGAUCGGGCAGUUACAGAAACGAUACAAGAACACGGGGGGCAUCCCAUACUCCGUCGAUACUGAAUAUGUCCUGGUCGUCGAUGCUAUCGCGGAUAAGAACCCUCUCUGGCUGAUUUUCGAUCGACGUAUCAGAAGUCACGAGGAAGAUGGGGCCUACGUCAAACCACACAUGGUUCCGCUUGUAUUCAGCAGGACAGAAAGGAAUUUUGAUGCAGCCCAAGUGUUGCCAAGCGUCCAAGACUGGAUCAAAUCUUAUGGCACCCUCGAUCUCGCGCAAAUUCGGGAUUCUUUUCAACAAACAGGGAUGACAGGAGAAAUCAGGGCUAGAAACGUAACUUCCGCGGAUCUUCCUGCGUCCUGGCGCUGA